AUGAAGUGCCUCGUUGCUGUUUUGGUCUGUGUGGCGCUCGCAGAGGGAAUCGUCAGGAUCCCUCUGAAGAAGCACAAGUCUAUGCGUGAGGCCCUGAGAGAGAAAGGGAUCCAUCUGCCUUACCAGGAUCCAGCUCUCAAAUACCAGACCAAUGAGCUGGCCGGCUCUGCCAACAUGUACAUCAAUAACUACGCUGAUACCACCUACUAUGGACCCAUCAGCAUCGGAACACCCCCCCAGUCCUUCCAGGUGCUGUUUGACACCGGCUCUUCCAACCUGUGGGUGGACUCCGUCUACUGCAACACUCAGGCCUGUAACACACACAAGAAGUUCAACCCCAAGAGUUCCUCCACCUACAGUGCCAAGGGACAGUCCUUCUACCUGCCCUACGGAGCUGGAAGCCUCUAUGGAGUCUUUGGAUAUGACACCGUCGCUGUUGGUGGCAUUGUGAUCCCUAAGCAGGAGAUCGGUCUGAGCACAAACGAGCCUGGUCAGAACUUUGUGGUGGCCAAGUUUGAUGGCAUCCUUGGCCUGGCCUACCCAAGCAUCUCAGCUGGAGGAGAGACCCCCGUCAUGGACAACAUGAUUUCUCGUAACCUGCUGAAUGCCGACAUUUUCGCUUUCUACCUUUCCAGGGAUGCGCAGCAGGGCAGUGUGCUCUCUUUCGGAGAUGUGGACACCAGCUUGUACGAGGGCCAGAUCAACUGGACCCCUGUCAUCUCUGAGACCUACUGGGAGAUCGGCGUUCAAGGGUUCCAGAUCAAUGGUCAAGAGACUGGCUGGUGCUCUCAGGGCUGCCAGUCCAUUGUGGACACUGGAACCUCCAUGUUGACAGCCCCAGGCCAGUAUCUUGGUAACAUCAUGCAGGCCAUUGGAGCCCAACAGGAUGAGUAUGGAAUGUUUUUGGUGGACUGCAGCCAGAUCAACAACCUGCCAACUCUCAGCUUCGUUGUCAGCGGCGCUACCCUCCCUCUGCCUCCUUCUGCUUACAUCAGUCAGCAAAAUCAGAAUGGAUACCAGUUCUGCACAGUGAACAUCACCCCCACCUACCUGCCCUCUCAAAAUGGCCAGCCCCUGUGGAUCUUUGGAGAUGUGUUCCUCAGAGAGUACUACUCCGUCUUCGACCGCGCCAACAACCGUCUCGGCUUCGCUACAGCUGUUUAA